AUGUCGGCGACGGGAACGCCGCCGCGGCGCAUCGUGGUUGCGAUUGACGACUCGACGGGCAGCACCGAGGCGCUCCAAUGGGCACUCGAUAACAUGCAGCUGCAACCCGGUCGCGACACCAUCGUUCUCGUCAACACCCAAUCCUACUCAGCAGCCCCUACUUCCCGGCCAGGCUUCCACGUGUCACAGGGGGAGAUCCAGGCAGACACGCAGAGGAAGAAGGACGUCGGGUACAAGCUGCUGGAGAAAUACAAGGCGCAGUGCGAGGCGCGGCAGCUGCUGUGCGAGACGCGUGUGAUGAUCGGCGAUGCCAGGCUGUCGAUAUCCGAGGCAGCGGAGCAGGCCAAGGCGGAUGCGGUGGUGGUGGGGAGUCGUGGGCACGGGGCUCUCAAGAGUGUGACAGUAAGUAGCAUGGGCCAAGUCAGAUGCCGUGGUGGUGGGGAGCCGGGGACAAGAGGUGCGCACAGGGGGGACAGGUGUGCUAAUGGUGUGUGUGCUUCAUGGGCAGCAGAGCAGGCCAAGGCGUACGGACGCAGUGGUGGUGGGGAGCCGAGGACAUGGGGCACUUAA